GAUGCCAAGAAGAGCUUCCUGGCCACGCUGGAGAUGUUGGAGGGCACCAUCCCUGACACCCAGGAGGCCCUGGCAGAUCUUGACCUUCUGCUGGGGGAGCGCUGGCAGGAGGAGGAUGGGAUUGUGGAUCCCAGAUGGAAGGGCAGCAAAGAUGCCGCGGCGGAGCGCGCGAUCAUGGAAAAGGCGGUGACUGCAG